AUGAAAAAGUGGUUUGGCCCCACACCCCCAGCACCCCCUUCUCCAAAGCUUCUCCAAAAGGAAUGGAGAAAAACACCCCAAUUGGAAAAGGAUGAUUAUCUGCAGUACCUUCUUGAUUAUCAGCCAGACAGAAAGGAUGUCGAACACAUCCGGAUUUUGCUUCAUGGACCCUGUGAUGCAGGAAAGUCCAGUUUUAUCAACUCCGUAGAGACCACUUUACGAGGGCGUAUGACUGGACAGGCUCUGGCUAGUGUUGGCCAGAACAGCUUCACCACCCAGUAUCGGACACAUAAAAUACAAAAAACAAAACCUGGGAGCUUUUAUCCAUUUGUGUUCAAUGACAUCAUGGGACUGGAGCAAGAUGAGGGAUUUGUGUGGGAUAGGGAUUUCCACAAAUCCAUAGGGAUUUGUGUGGAUGACAUCAAAAUGGCCAUGGAGGGACAUGUAAAAGAUGGCUAUGUGUUUAAUCCACUCUCCCGCUUUACAAGUGCAGACCAGUUUUAUAAUGACAGCCCCACUGUAAAUGACCAGACGCAUGUGCUGGUUUGUGUGGUCUCAGGCAGUACUGUCAAUCUAAUGAGUGAUGAAGUCAUGAAAAAGAUGAGAGAUGUCCGACUUGCUGCCAGAGACUUGGGGAUCCCUCAAAUGGCCAUUCUUACUAAGAUCGAUGAAGCAUGCGCCGAGGUCCAGUCUGACUUACAAGUGGUCUACAGAAGCAAGUUUGUGCAAAAACAGAUGCAGAUACUCAGUGAAGCUCUGGGGGUUCCCUUGAACUGCAUCUUCCCUGUGAAGAACUACCACUGUGAGAUCGACAGAGACAAUGACAUUGAAAAACUCAUUCUGAUGGCCCUGAAGCAGAUGAUAGAUUUUGGGGAAGAUUUUGUGAACAACUUUGUUAAAACCUGCAAAUCAGAAUAA